ACAAUGAGAGUUAUGGGCUGCCUCUGGAUAUUUACAAUCAGUCACCCUGCAAUCAGAAGCCUUCAAUGCAAGCACAUUACAUCCCAUUGGAAAGAAGAAAUUACUUUGGGGAACCCAGUAAGACGUAUUGCAUAGAUCAUCAUGCAGAGGGGAAAAGGCUGUAUACUGGGCAAUCUGGCUUACCCCUGGAGUGGGACCCUGCUGCUCUGUAUGUUUUGCACAAAGCUCGCUGGAACUUAUAACAUUGAGGAGUCAAACCCUGUGGUUUUUCAUGGACCAAGUGGAACUCUGUUUGGAUACUCUGUAGUUUUUCACAGCAACGUUGAGGAUAAAUGGCUUAUCGUUGGAGCCCCAAAAUCCAACCAGACAAAAUACUCGGGUAUCAUCAGCCCUGGGGCAAUUUUCAAAUGCAAGAUUGGAAAUAAUACAGAUAGGACAUGUGAGCCAAUGGAUGUAGGUGAACAAAAUGGGAUUAAAUGUGGGGCGACAUGCAAAGUAGAACAAGAUAAUCAAUGGUUGGGGGUCAGCUUGUCAAGGCAGCCUACAAAGGACGGACAUAUAGUGGUUUGUGGCCAUAGGUGGAAGAAUGUAUUUUAUGUUAAGGACCACAAGCUCCCACAUGGAGUAUGUUAUAAAAUACCUCCAGAUUUGCGAACAGAUUCAAGCACCAAAAUUUGUCCAUGUUAUAAAGCUUAUGUUUCAAAAUUUGGUGAAUUACAUGGAUCGUGUCAAGCUGGGACCUCCAACUUUUACUUAGAUGAUUUAAUCAUUAUGGGAGCACCUGGAUCAUAUUAUUGGACAGGUUCUAUUUUUGUAUAUAAUACUUCAAGCAACAAGAUCUACUCCUACAACAAUAGGAACAACACCGUCAAAUAUGGGAGCUAUUUAGGUUACUCAGUUGGGGCUGGACAUUUUCAGACAACGAAGAGCAAUGAUAUCAUAGGGGGAGCCCCACAGCAAGACCAGAUUGGUAAGGCCUACAUCUUCGCACUGGAUGGAAAGCAGCUGGUGAUUGUGUUUGAAGCAGAAGGUAAAAUGCUGGGCUCAUACUUUGGAGCUGCCGUAUGUGCUGUGGAUUUAAACUCAGAUGGUUUAUCAGACUUGCUGGUGGGAGCCCCGAUGCAAAGCACAGUGCGGGAGGAAGGGAGAGUUUAUGUCUACAUGAACAAUGGAGGAGGGCUUAUGACAGAACUUGAAUAUGAACUUUCUGGAAGUGACCUAUAUGCAGCGAGGUUUGGAGAAGUGAUUACCAAUCUAGGAGACCUGGAUAAUGACGGGUUUGAAGAUGUGGCUAUUGGGGCUCCACAAGAAGAAAAUCUGCAGGGAGCUAUAUAUAUUUAUAAUGGGCGAGAAAAAGGAAUUACACCUACAUUUACUCAGAGAAUAAAUGCACAGAAAUUUGGCUACUCAUUAAGCAUGUUUGGCCAGUCGAUAUCUGGGGGACUGGAUGCUGACGGAAACGGAUAUCAAGAUGUAGCAGUUGGUGCUUUUCUGUCUGACUCCACUGUGCUGCUGAGAACAAAACCAGUCAUUAAUAUUGAUGCAUCCUUAAAAGUCCCAAAUACUGUGAAUCGGACAAAAGCGGAGUGUGUAGAAAACGGGCAGCCUGCGGUGUGCAUGAAUGUCACAGUCUGCUUCCAGUACCAAGGUCGCGGAGUACCGGGUCACAUUGUGUUGCACUAUAAUAUCAGUUCAGACGUUAAAAGAAAGAGCGGUACUCCUGCAAGAUUCUAUUUCUCCUCUAAUGGAACGUCCGAAGUUUACUCAGGGAUAGUAGAACUUUACCAAAAGUCUGUAAACUGCAAGCUACACCAAGUAUUCAUGCGGAAAGAUGUAAUAGAUAUCCUCACUCCAAUACAUAUGGAAUCCCGGUACUACCUUGGAAAACACAUUGUAAAUAAAAGACAGUUAGAUGAAUUCCAGCCACUACAGCCAGUUUUGCAGAGGAAAGCUGGGGAAGAAAAUAUACUGAGGAAUGUGGUCUCUUUUGCGCAGUACUGUGCUUUGGCAAAUUGCUCCGCUGAUUUACAGAUCUCAGGAAAAGUUUCCCUCCCGGGAUCUGAAAAUAAAACAUAUCUUGUGCUUGGUGGGAUGAAGACUUUAAUGAUCAAUAUUUCACUGUACAAUGCUGGCAAUGAUGCUUAUCAGUCUACUUUAUACAUGAAGCUUCCCAAAGGACUGUAUUUUAUCAAAGUUCUGGAUCUGGUGGAAAAACAGAUAAACUGUGCAGUUAAUAAAGAAGAAAAUCAAUUGACAAGUCUGAGCUGCAACAUCGGUCAUCUGUAUAUCGAUUCGCUCUCAAAGCAAGAAUUUUCUUUCCUAUUGGAUUCAAGCUCCCUCAGCACAGCGGAAGACGACCUUGUAAUUAAUGUAACUGUGAAAUGUGACAAUGAGGUAGAUGAAAGCACACUGGGAAAUAAUGAAGCAAUUUUCCUCAUACCAACAAGAUACGAGGUCGGCGUCAAUGUAAUUGGUUCUGUGUCUCCGGUAUUAUUUGUCUAUGGACCGUCUGAAGUUGAGAACAAUUUGUGUGUGAAAGAAACAGUAAAGUACACAUUCAAUGUGAUUAACGUUGGGCCAAGUCUUCUUCCUAAGGCAAUGUUUGAGAUUAUGCUGCCCAACACCUUUGCGCCAAGUGACAUUAAGCUGUUUAAUAUUCUGGAUGUCAGCACUACUGCAGGACAGUGCACCUUUAAAUCUGAUACAAAUGUCUGUGACAAUCCGCAAAGCAGUAAAACAAUAUUUGGCGAGCUAGUGACCUUCUUUUCCAGGUCGGGGAGACGGCAUUUGUAUUGUUUUAAGGAUGACAAAACCUGUUUACGGAUUCAGUGCACGUUUGGAAACUUGGAAAGUGAAAAUCAGGUUACUGUGGAAGUGAAGCUUGAAACAAACCAUGCACUUCUGGAAUUGGAGGACUCAUCACUACUACAAUUUUACCCAAGAGCAUCAGUGAGCUAUGAAGAAAACCAUAGAGUAAUCAAUGUCCAUCAGCAAGAACCCCCAGAUGUCAAGCUAGAAGCAGUGCACAAUCAGAAGCCAAGACGUCAGAUUAUAUUUACAAUAAUUGGAAUCAGCCUAAUAGUAGGACUUCUAUUAUUUUCACUACUGACAUUCAUCUUAUGGAAGAUGGGCUUCUUUAAAAGAAAAUACAAAUCCUUGGAUUCAGAGACAAAUAGAAAAGAAAGCUGGAGUUUUCUCACGCAAGACCAUACAGAAGAAAAGGAAGAAAAUAAAUAGAAUUCAAGACUUGUAUACAGUAUAUAUAAAAAAGAAACACAAGAAGAGGAAAUUAAGUUUAUUUUGCUGUACAAGAGACUGAUUAUUUCAGAUGCUAUUUAUCUAGAGUGAAAGGUGAAGGACUUCCAAUACAGUCUCCGGAUGUGUAGUUGAGGAAUAAGUAAUGCACUGUGGCCUCGAUAAGUUAUGUCGAUUCAACCAAGGAUCUCAGGAAUGUAACCCGUGAUUGUACUAAUGACGGAAUGUACUUUCAAAGGCGACGUAGCAUUUGAUUAUAUACGUCGGUCAAUUCAGAUGUCACUGGAGUGAGACUUAGGUUUUGGAUGUGCUUGUUAUGAUGUAUUCGCCGGUGUGCUAAGAAGGUGGCCCCUG